AUGUCCCAUAUUGAGUUUUUAGAAAGAGCAGGCUGCUCUCAAUAUGCAGACUUGUUUGAAGAAUACAGCUUGACUGACAUCAAUGACCUCAUGCACAUAGAUCGAGAUAUUUUGCUCGAGAUUGGGGUCAAGAAGCUUGGUGAUAGGAUCAGAAUCCUAAAGGAAUCAAAGAAACUGCAAGAACCAAAAGAUGAUGCGAAGCAUGUUCAACAACUGCAAGAGCUAAUUUCGAAUAUUAGUGAACUGUCCACUACCAGUACCAAUAUUAAUGAAGAAGUCAUAACAGAGAGGCAUUGUGUUAUAUUUAUAUUAAAUGAUGGGUCAGCCAAGAAGGUUAAUAUUAGUGGAUGCUUCAAUGCAGACUCUAUAAAGAAGCGUUUGAUUAAAAGGCUACCUUCUAAUCUUCUGGCUGUUAAUACAGAUGGGCAAACUACUCAAGAAUCCUCCGACUAUGAUGUUUUUAUCGUUGACUAUUCAAAGAACGUGCUGAGAUUACUCUAUGAUAUUGAACUAGUUACAAUUUGCCAUUCCAAUGACCGUGUAGAGAAGAACAGGCUGAUAUUUGUGUCAAAGGAUCAGACUCCGACUGAUAGAGCGAUCAAUGCAUCAAAGAAAUUAUAUCUGAAAACUAUAACAGCACUCAAUCAUAUUGAAUCCUAUUAUGAUGCACAAUCUGGCAUGCCAAACACCCCAGUUACUCAGGAUGGUACAUUAAGGAUACAUAAGGAAGGUAAGGAUAAACUACGGAAAAUAUUUGACCAAAGACCUCCUAGUGAGUUUAUAUCCACAAAUAUUGCAGGAUAUUUCCCACAUGCGGAUACAAAGAGGUUAGAAAAGGCCCUGAGAGAGUCCUACCGUCAAUCUGCUAGAAUAAGUAUGAAAAGCAACAACUCUAGACACAUCAGUUCAGAAUCAAAUCGUGUCGGUGACAUUCUAUUAAAGCACUCCAAUGCGGUUGACAUGGCUCUACUACAAAGCUUGGACAACAACAAUGCACCAUCAUCUAAACCUGAAGUAAUACCACCAUCCACACCACAAGAGGAGGAUAAUGAAGGUAAGAUUAAAUUAAUGGAAGAGACAGAGAGUAUAGACGAUUAUUAUAUGAAUUCUGAUGAAGAGCACGGUACAGUUUCUUUACCUACAAAGAUAGUUACUCCAAAAAACUGGCUCAAAGGUGCAAGAAUAGGUUCUGGUAGUUUUGGGACAGUAUAUCUUGGUAUGAAUGCACAGACUGGUGAGUUAAUGGCCGUUAAGCAAGUCGAGAUUAAGCCAGCUAUUGCAGCUACAGCAGAUGCAAAUGUUGAAGAUAAGAAUGCAGAGAAAAAUGUUGCAAAGGCACCUUCAACUAACUUGCAUCGGAAAAUGAUUGAUGCGUUACAGCACGAGAUGAGUUUGUUGAAAGAACUGCAGCAUGAAAAUAUAGUAACAUAUUAUGGGUCAUCUCAAGAAGGUGGCAACCUGAAUAUUUUCUUGGAAUAUGUUCCUGGUGGUUCUGUUUCAUCAAUGCUAAGCAAUUACGGGCCCUUUGAGGAGCCGUUGAUUGUCAAUUUUACAAGGCAAAUACUAAUUGGUGUUGCCUACUUGCAUAGGAAAAAUAUCAUACAUCGUGACAUCAAGGGUGCCAAUAUUCUGAUUGAUAUCAAGGGUUGUGUCAAGAUCACAGAUUUUGGUAUCUCCAAGAAACUUUCACCACUAAACCAGGAGAAUCAAGAUAAGAGGACCUCUUUGCAAGGGUCUGUGUAUUGGAUGUCUCCAGAAGUUGUAAAACAAACUGCUACUACUUCAAAAGCUGAUAUAUGGUCAACGGGAUGUGUUGUAAUUGAGAUGUUUACUGGAAAGCACCCAUAUCCAGAUUUCUCACAGAUGCAGGCAUUAUUCAAGAUAGGUACAAAUGUAACACCGGAGAUACCAUCCUGGGCCUCUCCACAAGGAAGGGAUUUUAUCAGGAAGACCUUCGAGCUUGAUUACCAGAGGAGACCCACUGCUAUCGAACUACUCCAGGAAUCUUGGCUCGAGAGUCAUAUCAUAUAG